CUUUGGAUAGAUCGCAGUCCAAGAGAGAUGGAGGUUUUAAAAAUAAUUGGAGCUUUGAUCAUGCAGAAGAAAGUGAAGGAGAUGCAGAGAAAGAUGAGGCAAAUCUGCUCAGCAUAGAUGACAGUGAUGGGCCUUUCAGUCCCAAUGAAGAAAGGAAGUCACUUCGUUGUCGGCCUGGAGCUGUUGGCACCAGUGGUGAUUCCAUAAAAACAUAUGCAAGGCGAGGCAAAGCUGGAAGCUUGAGACUUUUUAAAGGGAACUCAAUUGGCCUCAACAUGAUGGGAAAUAGCAAGAAACUGAGUGAAAAUGCUCAGAAUAUGUCUUGUCCAGUAACUGUAGUACAUGGUAGACGUUUUCACCAUGCGCAUGCACAGACAACAGUAGUAAAAACAGCAGCCCAAAGAAAAGAAUACCCUCCUCAGCUUCAGAAAGUAGAAGCAGACCACAUUAGGUUACCACGGUCUCAAGGAGUGGACAGUGUAAUGGAAAACACAGAAGAGUCAGAAUCAGAAUCAGAAUCUGAAAUUAAGAGAAAGGUUCAACAGAAACGUCAGUGCAAUUCAUAUCAAUCUGACUUGACUCUGUCUUCUGCCACAAAGAAAUGUUUAACUCAGUUAAAGCUUUUGGAACAAAUUGAUUAUUCUACUGAUUGCCCAAAUUGUGGGCGGGCGAAUGAAAAUCAGACCAAAUGCCGACAUUGCGAAAGUGCUUCUCUAAAGGAUUUGCAAAGAGUCUCCAGACAAACUGUGUCAUUAAGUGAAUCUGUGGGACCUUUAUCACGUUCUUCAAUACAUCAGAAUUCAGCAGGGCAAAAAUCUUCAGGUACAGGGUUCAACACAAAGAAGUUUUAUAGUUCUGCUGUUGGGAAAGGUCCAACGGAUGUUCUGCUGAAUAAUGAAGUUGUAGGACAUUCUAUGUUGCGACAGAAUGGAAAAGUUGGUCUUAUAACUGGGACAAAAAAUCCUAAAAUUACAGGAAGCUUAAGGCAGAGGAGUACAAGACCUUCUGAACUAAAUGAUCCAAAAAUAUUAAUAUCUUCAGGUGUUCCGAAAAGUCCUUUUAGAAAUUUCUACCUUGUGUAUAUGGUUGAGGUGGAUGCUGUAUUUGGGAACAUUGUGUCUAACACUCCAAUAAAACGCCGAAAAGUUAUUUCUCAAGAGAUUGUAACCGAGGCUGUACCUCUAAAUUAUCAAAAUUCCUGUGAAAGUGUCAUUCUGAACUGUCGAAGUAUACGAAUAGGAACACUACGAAGAAUGGUAGUGGAACCUGUGAUUUUUUGCCUGGAUUAUAUCAAAAUACGCCUGGAAAGUCUAGAAGAAUCAGAAAGCGAUAUUCGAGAGAUUAACCUGAAAACUUCAGAACUUACCAAAUGUGAAUGGUGUAGUGUCCGAAAAUUACCGGUAGUUUUCCUACAAACAGUACCAUCAACCUGUAGCAGCCUGAGAGACCAGCUGAAAAUGAGUAAAGAUAAUGUCUGGUACGAAUGUAAAGGAGACAGUCAAGAAGAACAGUACAUCAUUUUGAUUUUUGAAACUGGUCUUGAUCCUCAUGCAAACUCAAUAUUUGAAAAAAUAAUUACUGAUAUUGGUAUUAGAAAUAAUAUUUCUGACUUCUUUGUGAAAAUUUCCUUUGAAGAAGCAAAUGGCCGGCUUGUUGCUUCUGAGUCCAAAAUGCCGCAGCGAAAUAAACAGUUACCAUAUUUUGAUGAUGAUGAAGAAAUUGGAGAACCACAUACAGUAUUUAUUGGUCCUAUAGAAAAGUUGAUAGUUUAUCCACCUCCUCCAGCUAAAGGUGGUAUUUCUGUGACCAACGAAGACCUCCAUUGUCUGAAUGAAGGAGAAUUUUUAAAUGAUGUUAUUAUUGAUUUUUAUUUAAAGUAUUUGGUACUUGAAAAACUGAAAAAAGAAGAUGCUGAUAGGAUACAUGUGUUCAGUUCAUUCUUCUAUAAACGCCUUAAUCAAAGAGAGAGAAGAAAUAUUCAUGAAACUUCAAACCUUUCAAUACAACAAAGACGACAUGGGCGUGUAAAAACAUGGACACGGCAUGUUGACAUUUUUGAGAAAGAUUUCAUUUUUGUUCCCCUUAAUGAAGCUGCCCACUGGUUUUUGGCUGUCAUCUGUUUUCCUGGUUUAGAAAAACCCAAAUAUGAACCAAAUCCCCACUAUCAUGAAAAUGCUACAACACAGCUAAAAUCUUCCUCUUCAGAUGGAGAGAGCAACACACCUUCUCCUUUGCCAAAUGAGUUAGAUGCACAAAACUCGCCUUCCAAGUCCACAGUAAAGAAGACAUUGACCAAAAAAUAUAAUACAGCUUUAAUUGACCCAAAUGCUGAAACAGAGGACAGUGAAUCUUCAUGUUGUAGAAGAAGUCCUUCUAGGGGAAAAACUGCUUUCAAAAAACUAAAUCAAAUAGACAGUGAUGUGGAAGAACCUAACACUGUGGAAUCAGCAUGCCAUAAACUAGACCAUAGGACUCCAGAUGAAAAUGGUAUACAGGGUGAAUUCACAGCUGCUAGCCAGUCUAUGG